GUCUAGUACUUGGGCGACCAUUAAAUUCUCAUGCCACUGAACCUGUGAAGCCAUCGACGAAGCAAGCGCCGUUCCACAGUCCACCAUCACUUCAUCCGAAGUUCUCACCACGACUGUUGCAAACAAAUUGUUGAGCGCCUAGCUGUUGCGUUGCACUGCUGAUUGAUACAUCGCACAUUGCGCCAUGCUACGGCACGGAGCGUCCGUGGUGCUGCACCGGGUGGGGGCUGCGGCAUCAGCUGCAGGUCAAGCCGGCGAGGGGCUCCCCAUAGCUGCGUGUGCGCUCAACCAUUUGCGCGGCGCAGCGUCCUCAGCUGGUGGCCCAGCCUCUGGGCCAUCCUCUUCUGGGCGUCCUUCAGCAGCUGCGGCUGCGGCUGCGGCUGCUGCCAGCAGCAGUAGUAGCGCGGAGACGCCGGUAUCGUUCUUUGCUCGACAGUCCCAGAUACUGGCCAACAUGCCAGUGUACCCCAAGCUUCUAGGGUUUGCAGGCGCCAUCCCGUUCCUGACGCUGACGCCGCAGCUCCUGACAGCGGCGGGCAUGCCCGAGCUCAUCGACUACUGCGCUCGCAUGCAGCACGUGUACGGCGGCAGCAUCGUCACCUUCCUGGGCGCAGUGCACUGGGGGCUGGCCAUGCAGAGCCAGACCAUCGCGGCGCCCGGCUCCAAGAAGGCUCAGGGGGCGCUCAAUGAGCGGUACGUGUGGUCGGUGGUGCCCUCACUGGCGGCGGUGCCGGCGCUGCUGCUGGAGCCGGCGCAGGGCAGCCUGGCCAUCGCGUCCCUGCUGGCCAUCUGCUACCUGUCGGACUCCUCCUACUUCAAGCACGGCUACCUGCCAGCCUGGUACAUGUCGCUGCGCGGCUACCUGACGGUGCUGGCCAUGAUGAGCAUGCUGGCCACCACCACCUACUACCUCAAGCGCGACCUGGACAAGGCGCGGCGGCGCAUGGAGGAGGAGGACGCCGCGCGGGCGGCGCGCAUGGAGGCGCGCGUGUCUGGGCGGGACGGGGCGGCGGGCGUCGGCGCCGGCGCCGGCGGGAUGGCAGCAGCGGCGGGUGCGUCAGGAGCGGUGGCGGCGGCGGCGGGUCUUUCAGCGAGGAAGUGAUGGGAUGCAGGUGUGCAUUGACAGAAGAGCGGUAUCGUACAGUAGGCCCUGGCGUGCGGUGCUGCAAUUCAUGGAUUCAGUCAUUGAAUGUGUGAUGCGCGUUGACGAUUGGACGUGCCGGGCUGCGGGGGUGUGGAUUAAAGCCGCGUAGGCUUCACAAGCGUGUCGCGGAUUGACGCUGAGCGAGGUCGAGGCAUGGCAGCAGGCAGGCGGAUGGCAGUUACCGUACAAUGAAUGCGCCCCAUGCCUCCGAACUCGGGUGAACCUUGGAAGCUUUGGUCAACACGCCGCCCUAAGCCCCGAACGCAUAACGGUGGCCAACAAAUAGUGCAUCUCCUGCAGUGUAGGUACCACACUCUC